CCCACAUUACCAGACAAAAUAGGGCACGGUUAAGAAAACAUAUCAAAUUUAUGAGCAAUAGUUUGGUGUUUUUCCAUUCACAUUGAAAAAAAAUUUUUCGGCUCAAUCGAAUCACAUUUUUCUCUGUGUACAGAGUAUAAAACAAAAACAAUUAGAUCGGAAUUUUAACGACUACUUGAUUAACGUCAACACAUUAGAUAGACUUUGUCUAUUUUUUGUUGCGUACCCGACAAUCUCGUUGACACCAAUGACAAGUUUCUUAUCUUGUACUAGUUUAAUCUUACUGCUGUUUCAAAUUCGUUUCAUGCGAGUUCAUUGGAUGGUUGUCAAUUAUUUAAUAAUAAAGAAAUCAGUCGUUGUUCAAUUAUUCAACCGAAAGCAUCAAAAAUGAAGUUCAUCAUCGCUCUCAUCGUAGCACUUGUAGCUGUCGCGUCUGCUAAAGAAAUUUGGGAAGGAAAAAAAUACAAAAACUAUGAAUCGGAAAAUUUCGAUGACUACUUGAAAGAAUUCGGUGUUGGAUGGAUCGGACGCCAGUUUGCUAAUAGUGUUUCACCGACCGUUGAAUUGCAAAAACUGCCCGAUGGCAAAUAUAAAUUGAUCACCUCAUCAACAUUCAAAACCACAGAAAGCACAUUCGAAUUGGGCAAGGAAUUCGAUAUGAAAACUAUGGGUGGUACAGUAAAGAAGUGCGUUAUGACACUAGGCGACAAUAAAUUGACCGAAAAAGUUGGCGGUGAACCAGCAUCCACUGUUAUUCGUGAAUUUGGUGACAAGGAAAUGAUCGCAACAAUGACAGUUAACAAUGUUGUUUGCACCCGUAAAUAUCGCGUUGAAGAAUAAAUCAAAUUUCAUUUCGUAUUUGCCUGUUUAAAAUAAUGUCAAAAUAUGAAUAUUUAAGAAUAAUAUCGAAUAAAUAUGACAAAUCACAUCAACAAUAUGCUAACAA